CACUUGUCUAAACAGGACCUGGCCUUCAGGCAACCACAGGGGCGGGGGCAUCUGCGGAUGACAGCCCAAUCCUACCAGACCAAGGAUGGGGGGAGGACCCUGCUCUCUCUUUUAAGCUCCAGCCAGUCAAGCCAAGGCUAGAAAGCCAGCCAGAGCCAGACAGCCACCCCUUGCAGUCUCUUCCUGUCUUUACAGAACUGGGGAGAGAAGAGCCCAGCCCACAGUGAGUGUUUGGAAGCAUAGACCAGCCUGGCCACUUCUGCCACCUCACCCACGAUCUGCCAGCAUGGCCAACCAGCUGACCGAGGAGCAAAUCGCUGAGUUCAAGGAGGCCUUCUCUCUGUUUGACAAGGACGGGGAUGGCUGCAUCACCAGCCAGGAACUGGGCACCGUCAUGCGGUCCCUGGGUCGGAACCCCACAGAAGCUGAGCUCCAGGGCAUAGUGAAUGAAAUCAACACGGAUGGAAACGGUACUGUGGACUUCCCCGAGUUCCUGACCAUCAUGUCCAGGAAGACGAGAGAGAAUGACAGCGAGGAAGAGAUACGGGAGGCCUUCCGAGCGUUCGACAAGGACGGCAACGGCUAUGUCAGCGCAGCCGAGCUGAGGCACGUGAUGACCAGGAUAGGGGAGACGCUGAGCAAUGAGGAGGUGGAGGAAAUGAUACGGGUAGCAGACACAGACGGUGAUGGGCAAGUGAACUACAAAGAGUUUGUCCACAUCCUAGUGUCCAAGUGAGGCUGCCCCAGAGACUCAUAGCUAGGUGCCCAUUAGGAUCCUGGGCUGCAAGUUUGGCUGGACAGUGGCUACCCUCACUGUGGUGAGACUCUU